CAUGGCCUACGGGCAAGGGGUGAGCCAGGAGGCAGCGCUGGGGUGCGAGGGAAGGGGGCCAGUGCCAGCAGGGGCUGACGGCCAGGGUGAGGUGGAGUGGGAGUGGGGUACAGCAAGUCUCCUGUCCUCACAACAUGAAGAACCAUGUGGAGUGAUGUCCCUUGGGGAGCAGCCGAUUGCAGAAACCUCCCUGAGCACCCCUGGACAUGGGGAUGGGGGAUCAGAGCCAAAGGGGAGAGGGUCCACAGGAGGCAAGGGGCUGUGCCAGGGCACCCAGCCACAGUUGGCAGCUCCUGGGACAGGGGUGGUGGGGGACAAGGACAGGCUGCAGGAGGGAACAGAGCAGGUGCGAGUGAAAGCUGAGGGGGAGCAGCGAGGCCUCCUUGAAAACAUGAGAGAAAGAGAGGUAGCGUGUGUCUCGGAGAGUGCAUGGAGCACUUCUGGGGUCAGGGAGCAGAGGAAGGACAGUCCCAUUGGAGGGAGCCCAGAUGCCCCAGGAGCCGCUGACACAGGCGAGAGAAGCCACGGUCCCUAUGAGGGUGUUGUAAACCCAGAUGCAGUUGUCUUUCCCUUGGUACAGCCCCAGGAUGGGGAAGAAACUCUCCUCUAAGCUUUUUCUGGAGCUCCUUCAGUGCUGUAUCCUGCAACAUUUACACAAAUCGCUGUAGAUUUGUGCUGGUUGGGAUGUUCACUCCAUUAUUUUACUCCACAAGACCACAACCAUCUGUCACAUUUUACUAGAGCAGCUUCUCAGUGUGCAGCAGACAAAUGAAACAAGCCUGUAUAUGCCAGCCCAGGAAACAGCACUCCUUCGUAAUUACGAAGACAGUAAUCGCAAGGAUUGUUCCACAGCUGUCAUGCUUGUUUUUCCCAAAACACAGAGAAAUAUUGGACUGCCUGAACCUCCCCUCCUCCCCCAGGCACCACUUGCUUCUGUUGGCUGGUGGGCGGGAGGGCUGAGGACAAAUAUGGUGUACGUGUUUCUGUAGGACAAGUAGUUUGUCUGUACAAAGUGCCUGUGUUUGACUGUAUCUGUGUCUAUGUACUGACUGCAUUUUUUCUGUGUGUCAUUAGCCUUUCUGAACUGCAGACUCUUUGCUGUGUGUCAGGCCUGUCUCUUCAUUGCUGUGCAUAGGGCACCUGUGCACAUCAGUGCUUUGAUUCUCUUAAGAGUGUAAGUGUUCAGCAGAGAUGUGGAAUAGCAGGAUCACAGUGGGGAUGGCGGCCUUACACAGGGGUUUCUAGUGUGGGGGCUGCCGCCACCCCAUGUUACAGGCAGGCGAGCCCUCCAGCAUCGAGGCUUGUUGCUGGCCACACUUCAGGGUGUUCUUGGAACUUUGAAAUGUUGUUGAAAAUUGUUAAAUCAGAACAAUUUUAACUCAUAUUUAUGAAUGAAUAAAGCCUGACCUUUUGCUUUUGCUGGUGUCAGUCAGGAGUAGCUUCCCUGGUCCCACAGAGUCUGUGCUGAAACUGCAGGAGGGGUGGUCAGUGUAAAGCUGUUCCAGCCCAGCGCUGGCUGUGGAUCUCCACUGUCAGAGUCUCCCUUUUAGCUCUCCUGCACCUCCGAGGGCUCCCUGAGACCCUGCCAGGCCAUGGCGUCCAGGGCUGGGUGCGCAGCAGCCUGGCAGGCAUUGCUCGGUGGGCUGCAGGGUGCUCUACCCCUACUCAGGGGGACUAUAACUGCGUUCUCAGAUCGUGAAAUGGAACUGAAAUGAGUAGGAUUUUGAGUCGAUUGUUACUGUAAGUCACUUAAGAUCAGUAUACAUGGGAUAGGAAAUUGAAAUGUAAUUCAAUCAAGUAAUUCAUGUUUGUUCCCUCCUGUACUAAAGAUGGUUGCAUUUAUAUCUUCAGUCUGGAUACCAGGAAGUGCUUUGAAAGAGAAAAGUAGACAAAACAGAGUAAUAACGACUUUACAGUCCUCAGCAGUUCAGAUGAAAGCAUUGCAUCAAGUGAUCCUGAGUGGUGCGGUUGAAAUGUUUAUUCUGUGCAAGAUAUGCAAUAUUUGCUUAAAAGCACAUAUUUGACUUUUGACCAUUGAGCAAUGGUCUUUUCCUUUUAACCAGGGAAUAUCUGUAAAAUCAGAAGUGGCUUAUUCACUGGACCAAGACAUUUUCAGUGUUGUUCAAUAUAAAAAAAUGUGCAGUAAAUAGAUAAUCGGUGUUUUCAUACUCCACAGUUGAAUACACCUGGUAUGUAAAGUGUUCAGGAUUUAAAUUCAUGCUAAGGACCUUCUCCAGAGGUUUGUUUUUUCUGUAUACAUAUGCACACCUGCACAUUUACUUGGGUCUAUAAAAAACCUGUACCAGA